GUGACUGAUUACCAAAGCCAAUCAUUCAAGUAACCAGCCAAGAGCUUCCAACACACUCCACUUCACACCAGCUCAACAACAAUGCCUCGCUCCUUUGCUCCCCUCCUCGCCGCCGUGCUCCUGGCACUCGCGGCCGCGGCCGCCGCGUCGCCGGCGCACAACAACGCCGCCACCGACUUCAUCCGGAAGUCGUGCCGCGCGACGCAGUACCCGUCGGUGUGCGUGAAGAGCCUGUCCUCGUACGGCGAGUCGUCGCCGCCGCCGCGGAGCCCGCGGGAGCUGGCGCGCGCGGCGCUGGCCGUGAGCGCGGACCGCGCGCUCGCGGCGUCGGCGUACGUGGGGCGGCUGUGCGGCGGGGCGCCGGGGGCCCACGGCGGAGCGAAGCGCGCGGCGGAGCCCGUGCGCGACUGCCUGGAGGACCUGGCGGACGGCGUGGGCCACCUCCGCGACGCUGCGGAGGAGAUGGGCGGCGGCAUGGGCCGCGAGGGCUCGCCGGCGUUCAAGUGGCACCUGAGCAACGUGCAGACUUGGUGCAGCGCGGCGCUCACCGACGAGAGCACCUGCCUCGACGGGCUCUCCCGCGGCGUCGACGCCGCCACGCGCGCCGCCAUCCGCGGCAAGGUCGUCGAGGUCGCCCAGGUCACCAGCAACGCGCUCGUCCUCGUCAACCGGGUUGGGCCAGGAUACUAGCCCGGACUAGGACCAGAUGGUUCCCUAGCAACAUACUCGUAUACUUGUAAUUGUAAGAUAUAGUUAAUGAUGUUAAACUUAGCGGUGACAAGUACGCUAAGCAGUACGUACUCCCUCCGAUCACAAAUAAAUGUAAUGUUUUACAUUGAGAUGGUUUUCAAAAUACAAGUUUGAUUACCGAUUAUAGUUCA